UGGACAAGCAUUGAUUAACAAUGCAUCGAUCGGUACAGGGUUAAGCACUUUGCAGUCGUUCCUGCAGAGUAACCGACUGGACACUGAAAACAAUGGAGCAGGUGUGCUGCAAAUGCAUCAGGAUGGUAGCGUAGCCUCUACGGCAAUACGUGCUGACCGUACUCAUGACGAUCACAACAGAUUCCAGUACGUGUUGGCGGCUGCUACAUCGAUAGCGACGAAGAACAAUGAAGAAUCUCUGACAUACCUCAACCAGGGCCAAAGCUACGAAAUCAAGCUGAAAAAGCUCGGUGAUCUGUCUCCUUUUCGGGGUAAGAUUUUGAAAAGUAUUAUCAAAAUAUGUUUCCACGAGCGCCGGUUGCAGUACAUGGAGCGGGAGCAGAUGCAGCUGUGGCAGGUUUCCCGGCCCGGUGAACGCAUUCUAGACGUCGACAUUCCUCUGUCGUACGGAUUGCUGCAGGUACAGCCAACCAGCAAUAACCUGCUGAACACGAUCGAAGUGUUCUGGGAUCCGAUGAAGGAGGUCGGUGUGUACGUGAAGGUGAACUGCAUUUCGACCGAAUUCACACCCAAAAAGCACGGCGGUGAAAAGGGUGUCCCAUUCCGGAUUCAGGUCGAAACCUUUAUCGAUAGUAGCAACGGGGCCAGCGGAGGGUUAACGAAUGCCACGAAUAACGCUGCAAGCGCUAAUGGAGCCACGGAAGAUAAAGACACGAUCCGUCCUCUCCAUGCGGCUGCUUGUCAGAUAAAGGUGUUUAAACUGAAAGGUGCGGAUCGGAAGCACAAACAGGAUCGCGAGAAAAUACUCAAACGCCCGGUGACAGAACAGGAAAAGUAUCAACGGAGCUGCGACUGUACGAUUCUGACGGAUAUCACGAGUGACAUCGUCCUAGCUCCACUCGGCGGAGGUUUCAGCCCCGAUCACAUCAAACGGAACGUCUCGCCCUUGUUGGCUGGACCAACGUCUCCGGGGCAGUUUAAUAAGCUGGAGAACAUAAUGACCAGCGUUUUGCAGUGCAACGGUGGAACCGUAGUUUCACCAACUGUUAAGCCACUGGCUGGUACCAUGGCUGUUGUACCGACACCAGUGCCAACCAGCAAUCCGGUUGGUAUCAGUAAUGUGAGUUCUACGAACGGUCUCUGCAAAUCGUUGCCAGAGCAGUCGCAAACUGUUGCCAGUGGGGUACUUUCACCACAGCAAGCAACGGAAAUGGAGGAUUAUGUAUCGUGUAUUACACGCGAAACCAGCCCUGCUGGUGUGGCACAGUGGUUGAUUGUACAUCGACUGUCGUCCUACGCCAAAACGUUUGCCCAAUUUUCCGGCUCCGACAUAUUGAGAAUGUCCAAGGAUGAUUUAUGCAAAAUCUGUGGUCUGGCAGAUGGAAUUAGAAUGUUCAACAUUCUUCACUCAAAAGCCAUCACACCUCGGCUUACCAUUUACGUGAGCUAUGAGGCUAACAUCUAUCACGCGAUCUAUCUUCAUCUAAACACCGUGGCCGAGUUGGUACAAAGUUUAUCGAAAAUUCCGGGUCUUCUCGAGGCACUUAAUGCGCUCAAUACGCCAAACUCGACCACUUCAGAUGGAGCGGGCGGUGGCUGGACCGGUAGUGGAUCUUUUGUCGCGGUUCGAGCGCACGGUACGAGCAGUGGCGGUACCGGUGUGCUGAAGCUGGUCUCUCAAAAUAGCAACGGCCACCUUCAGCGAUCAUCAGUUCCAUCGCCAUCGUCGCCGAUCUCUUCGUCAUCGAGCGGACUCAGGCCGCAGCUACUGAUCAACGGACCGGCCGGCAUACAGGUGCUGCUGACCGACGACGUGCUGGAAAACGUUCGGGAUGAAACGUUGUUUCAGCUGGAGCUGAAACCGAACGGAAACAUUUUGAUGAAAGCCGUCCAUAAUGUCACGGCACCACCCACCGUCACUGACGGAUCGAUCGAUGACGCCAUCGAUGGCAAUUGAGUGCUACUCUUCCGUUGGCGACAUUGUUUAAAUGUUUUUCUUUGUUUUUUUUUAUAUGUCAUAUAACGAUCGCUCACUUGCGGUGUUCUGUCGGGAUAGGAGAAUGAUUUAAAAUGAAUCGUGAGGAUGGUUGAAGAGUACGGACGAAUGAUGAAACCAUGUGCGAGCAAUGUGAUGGAAAGCUACCCCGCUCAGGAAUUUUCCUCUGUUUAAAUCUAUUUUCUAUUAUAUUAUUAUGAAACUAUAACAAAUCUUUAGCCUUACCUUCGUUAUCAAUGUUUUUUUUUGUGGCCCUCUGUUUCUAUUUUUCUUUACCUCACCAUCCCACAAUGUGCCAUGUUAAAACAUGUUGCGAACGGAGCGAGCUGAAUCUGCACAAGCGAAUUGCAUCCAGCGGAGGCAUUUAAUGCGAAAGCACAAGCAAACGAUUCGGAAAGUUGAGGAUAUU